GUGACUUUGCCCUUUUAAAAAUCGCAUUCUGUUUUUGUCUUUACGAAUUUCAAAAUCCUUCGCGGACAGCGCCCCCCUCCCUUCUCCCUCCAAAUCUCUGCGGCUUCAUUUCUCGAUCCUUUUCAGGUUUCCAAUGGAGAACUUGGACGGGAAAUCAGCAGAUUCUUCGCAAUCUGUUCGUGUUGCUGUUAAUAUUAGGCCUUUGAUUACACCGGAGCUUAUGGUUGGAUGUACUGAUUGUAUUACAGUUGUGCCUGGAGAACCUCAGGUUCAAAUUGGAUCUCAUGUGUUCACAUAUGACAAUGUGUACGGUAGUGCUGGAUCGCCAUGUUAUGCAUUAUACGACGACUGUGUUGCUCCAUUAGUUGAUGCACUAUUUCAGGGUUACAAUGCCACUGUUCUGGCUUAUGGACAGACGGGGUCUGGAAAGACUUACACAAUGGGAACAAAUUAUAGUGGCGAAGGAAGUAAGGAUGGAGUUAUACCGAAAGUAAUGGAAAAUAUAUUUAAAAAGGUCAAGAAAAUGGAGGAUUCUACAGAAUUCUUGAUCAGAGUUUCAUUUAUUGAGAUAUUCAAGGAAGAAGUGUUUGAUUUGCUCGACGCAAAUGCUUGCCCCAACACAAAGGCUGAAGGAACAAAGCCUUACGCUCCUCCGCGAGUUCCAAUACAAAUAAGAGAAACUGUGAAUGGUGGGAUUACGCUUGUUGGUGUCACUGAGGCCGAGGUUCGGACCACAGAAGAAAUGACAUCUCACUUGUCCUGUGGUUCCUUAGCACGUGCAACUGGAAGUACCAACAUGAAUAGUCAGUCAAGUCGAUCACAUGCCAUCUUUACGAUUACUAUGGAGCAAAAGAAAAAGCCUAAGCGAGGCAUGACUCAUGAUGAUUCUUGUGACGACAUUCUUUGUGCAAAGCUACAUUUGGUGGAUCUUGCAGGAUCUGAAAGAGCAAAACGAACCGGUGCAGACGGCAUGCGCUUUAAAGAAGGUGUUCACAUCAACAAAGGCCUUUUGGCUCUUGGCAAUGUCAUAAGUGCGUUGGGAGACGAGAAGAAACGAAGAGAAGGGUGUCAUGUUCCCUACCGUGAUAGCAAAUUAACACGUUUGCUACAGGAUUCUCUUGGAGGCAACAGCAGAACGGUGAUGAUUGCUUGUGUUAGUCCUGCCGACUCAAAUGCUGAGGAGACUCUGAACACGCUAAAAUAUGCUAAUCGUGCUCGCAAUAUUCAAAAUAAAGCGGUUAUCAACCGAGAUCCUGUAGGAGCUCAGAUACAGAAAAUGCGAAGUCAAAUUGAGCAGUUGCAAGCUGAGCUUUUAUUCUACCGCGGUGAUGCAGGUUUACCAUAUGAGGAGCUUCAGAUUCUAAAGCACAAAAUAUCAUUACUUGAAGCAAGCAAUGGUGAGUUGUUGCGGGAGCUUCAAGAACGCCGAGUCACUUGCGAUCAUUUGUCUCAACGUGCUAUUGAUGCUCAGGUUGAAAAAGACAAGCUUGCCAUGAUAAUUGAAUCAGUGCGGAAUGGAAAAUCUUUAGAUGAGAUUGAAUCCAACUUCGAUAAGGAUUGUGAAUUAGUCAAGAGUUAUGUUUCAAAAAUUCAAGAGCUAGAAGGAGAGGUACUGCGUAUGCAAAGCUUUAACAACCCAAAACUCAGUCGAUAUGCGGAUCUAGUGGAGUCUGAUGAUGAUAGGCCCAACUCUAGCAAUAUCUUAUUUCCAUGUUCAAAUGAGUAUUCGUCAGACUAUGAUACUAAAGCUGUAGAUAUUUCAGAUGGAAUCGAUGAUCAUGAGAAGGAGCUUGAGCAUUCAACAAUGCAAGAAAGAUUGGAUAGGGAGCUAAAAGAAUUGGAUAAGAAACUUGAGCAGAAGGAGGCUGAAAUGAAACGGUUUUCUGGUGCGGAUACCUCUGUUCUUAAACAACAUUAUGAAAAGAAGGUCCAUGAACUGGAACAAGAAAAGAGAGCGUUACAGAAAGAGAUCGAGGUACUCAAAUGUAAUCUUUCGAGCAUAUCUUCUACAUCUGAUGAUGGUGCACAAAAGUUGAAGCAAGAAUAUCUUCAGAAGUUGAAUUUCCUGGAAACCCAGGUCUCGGAGUUGAAGAAGAAACAGGAUGCACAGGCUCAAAUAUUGAGACAGAAACAAAAGAGUGAUGAGGCAGCAAAAAGAUUACUGGAUGAGAUCCACAGAAUUAAGUCCCAUAAGGUUCAACUUCAACACAAGAUUAAACAAGAAUCUGAGCAAUUUAGACUAUGGAAGGCUUCGAGAGAGAAGGAAGUUCUCCAGCUGAAAAAGGAGGGCAGGAGAAAUGAAUAUGAGAUGCAUAAGCUCUUAGCUUUGAAUCAAAGGCAGAAAAUGGUCUUGCAACGAAAGACCGAAGAAGCUGCUCAGGCAACAAAAAGGCUUAAAGAACUUUUAGAAUCUCGAAAGGCAGCACGCGAAACUUCCAGUGGCGGAGCAAAUGGUCCUGGAAUUCAGGCUUUAAUGCAGAAUAUUGAGCAUGAACUUGAAGUCACAGUAAGGGUGCAUGAAGUUCGUUCUGAAUAUGAGCGGCAAAUGGAAGAGAGGUCGAAGAUGGCCAAUGAAUUGACGCGGCUUAAGGAGGAAGAAGAAUUGAUUAGGGGAGCUAAUUUAAGUGAUUGUACUCGAACAAUGUCACCUGGUGCAAGAAAUUCAAGAAUUUUUGCUCUUGAGAACAUGCUUGCUACGUCAUCCAGCUCUCUGGUUUCUAUGGCCUCACAUUUAUCAGAGGCAGAAGAACGUGAGCGCGUUCUUGGUGGCGGUAGGGGUCGUUGGCAUCAAGUUCGCUCUCUUGUAGAUGCAAAGAAUAUAAUGAACUUUUUGAUGAAUUUAGCAUCCUCUUCAAGAUGUUUGCUAUGGGAUAAAGAGUUUGCUUCUAGGGAGAAGGAUUCAGAAAUUAGAGAGUUGAAACAGAAAAUAGUGAACCUUAGCGGCAUGCUUAAGAAAUCAGAAGCCCAAAAGGCUGAACUUAUUCAUCAGAACUCAGCUUUGAAGAAGCAUUCCAUGCGAAGCACUUCAGAUCAGAUAGAUCAGAUUAAUAGUGGGGGACAUAACUAUAAUUUACGCAAACAGGAGCAGCGGAGUUCUAUCAUUUUAUUGGCAGACAUGGAUACCUCGGACUCAGAUUACUCGGAUCGUUAUUCAGAUGAUAAUGAUGCCAAUUACAAUUGGGAGAAAUCAAUGAAACGACGACAUACCAGAAAACAAAUCAUUAAAGCUAAGGGCCGUUCGAGUAUGGACGUCUCAGAUGACACAAACAAUGCAAACAAUGUAAACUUCAACUCGGAUAGUUCUGGUGAUGGGGUAGUUCGUGUGAGUGAGGCCACUACUGCUACCACUACUUGCUGCCUUUGCAGCAAAUUCUCAUCUUGCAAAACAACUAAGUGCCAGUGUAGAGCCAAUGGUGGUGCGUGUGGCUUGUCAUGUGGUUGCAUUCCAUCUAAGUGUUCAAACAGAGGCAGUAUAAGCGAGCGGGACGAGUCGAUGCAACCGGACUUAGUCGGGGAUGUUGAAAAUGCUACUGAAAAUGGUGAAACCAAUGAGGAUGAGAGUCGUGACCUUGUUUCGAAUGGUGCAAGGUUGCUUCAGAAUGCAUUGGCUGAGAGGCCAAGUGAGGCUCCUCCCGCUGAAGAUGGUGGCGCAAAAAGAAAGCCUCUUUCAGACAUAGGAAACACAUUGGCGAAAUCGAAGUCAAACAAGCCAAACCAGAGAAAGAAAUGGAGAAAAUCUACAAUUCAACUCAUUCCUACACCACAACCAUCUUCCCAACCAGAAAUACCUGAGCCCAUCCAGAAGACAGAGAACGACUCAAAUGAGGUUGCCAACAUCCCGUUGAAACUUCCCCGAGCGAUGCGAUCCGCCGCCGCCGCCAAUGGCAGCAACCUACUGAGGGAGAGGAACUCCGAUCAGCCGGAAGAUUCAGUUGGCGGGAACAAAGAACAUGAACUUAUUGUUCCAAAAAGAGUGGAUGAAAAAGAGAACUGCAACCGUUAAAUAGGUGUGUGUUUGUCUUUCAGGUCAUUCUCCGGUGGCCGGAGGGAAUAGAAACGGCGGGAAAAUGCAGUGCUGGUGCGUAGAUAAGUUUGAAAAGCUGUGUGUUGAUGUAUUUUAGAGAAUUGAUUCACAAUACUGAACCAAAAUACACUGUUUCUGGGAAUCUGUUAUUCCCUUAUGAAGAACUUAUAAUUAUUCUGAUGUAGCUUUGUAGACUUUUGUUCACUACAUUAACAAAGACAUGAUUGAGCAUUUUUUUUCUUUAA